CUUAGACACAGAAAUCAAAGUAGCUGUGUGAAAACAUAAUACCAUGAAUUUAUGUAGAAAAGUAAAAACCAUCGACUUAAAAUAUGGUGUUUCUAACAGAAUUCGCGUUACAUGUAUUAUGGAGCUGGCCUAUUAUCAACAUUGGACAGAUAUCCAGAGCGUAAAAUUAGUCGGCCUGUUCCACCCCCUCCACCUGCUAGAGGAAGAAGAGGCAGGCCUUCAGACAGAGGCGGGUCAACAAGGGGUGUUGCCAAAGCCAGGCGAGGUAGAACCAAAGAUACUCGUGUUCCUGCUACUGAAACAAAUGACUUGGUGGACGGGAUCAUUGACUGGGAAGAACAGCUUCGUAAUCUCAGAGAUGACAAAGAUGAUGAUGAUUUCGCUAUUGUGGAGAAACCAGGAGUCAGAGGUAGGAAGAAACUUUCCACAUUAAAAAGCCCAGAAGCGUUGACCGCUCGUAGAAGACGACAUUGGCAGUUGCUAGUCAAAAAAGAAUUGGGAAAAGUGCAAAGAGCGAGGACGUCCACACACAGAGAGGUGACAUUACAACGAAAGAGAUUUGCUACCUUGUGCUGUAAGCACUGGCGACAAAUUGCUAUGCAGUCUCAAAAGAACAUGAAGGAGACAGUGUGGCGGUGCAAACGGUUGAGCCGUGAAAUGCAAGCUUAUUGGCGACGGUACGAUCGAGCUGAAAGAGAAACGCGCCGACGUAUGGAGAAAGAAGCUGAGGAGCAACGGAAGAUGGAUGUCGAGCUAAUGGAGGCCAAACGACAGCGUCGCAAACUAAACUUCUUAAUAACGCAAACUGAGUUGUAUGCUCAUUUCAUGCAAAGAAAAUUGAGUGAAGAGGGUGACACGAACGCAGAUAGAAUUCUCAGGCAGUUAGACGAAGACCGGGAUCCUCGGCUGGCUGCGAUUGAUAAUUACGACAGUGAGGCGAUGAAAGCUCAAGCUUCUCGCAACGCGCGCGAAGCAUUCCGCGUGGAGCGAGCUCGGACUCAACUGUUUGACGCGGCGACAGGCAUCGAAGCGGCGGGGGAUGGUGACCGCCGUAACGGUGAUUUUGACCAGCCUGCGAUAUUCCAAGGCACGCUUAAAGGAUACCAGCUGAAGGGCAUGAAUUGGCUUGCCAAUCUUUAUGAUCAGGGAAUUAGCGGAAUCCUAGCAGAUGAGAUGGGCUUGGGCAAGACAGUGCAGUGCAUUGCGUUUCUGUGUCACGUGGCCGAGCGGCUCGGCGUAUGGGGCCCGUUCCUCGUCGUAUCUCCAGCUUCUACGCUGCAUAAUUGGCAACAAGAAAUGCAGCGCUUUGUACCCGAUUUUAAAGUGGUACCUUACUGGGGCAGUCCAAGCGAACGCAAAAUUCUUCGUCAGUUUUGGGAGCGUAAAGACUUACAUACACAGCAGGCAGCCUUCCAUGUAGUCAUCACCUCUUACCAGAUUGUGGUGUCGGACUUAAAAUACUUAAACCGUGUGUCCUGGCAAUACAUGAUAUUGGAUGAAGCUCAGGCUAUUAAGAGUUCCGCAAGUAUGAGAUGGAAGCUGCUUUUGGGAUUCAGCUGCAGGAAUAGGCUUUUAUUAUCAGGUACCCCAAUACAAAACAGCAUGGCAGAGCUUUGGGCACUGCUGCACUUCAUAAUGCCCACAUUGUUUGACUCGCAUGAGGAGUUCAACGAAUGGUUUUCGAAGGACAUCGAAAGUCAUGCUGAAAACAAAAGCACAAUCGACGAAAAACAUUUAUCAAGACUGCAUAUGAUUUUGAAGCCUUUUAUGCUGCGGCGCAUCAAAAAAGACGUCGAGAAUGAGCUCUCGGACAAAAUAGAAAUAAUGGUUCACUGCCCACUCACAAUACGACAGAAACUCCUCUACAUAGCUUUGAAAAAGAAAAUAAAAAUUGAAGAGUUGCUGCACUACUCAGUAGGUGCCGAAUCAGGUCACAAUGUGGACAAGAAUUUCACGUCUAAUUUGAUGAAUUUGGUUAUGCAGUUUAGAAAGGUAUGCAACCACCCUGAGCUGUUUGAAAGACGUGACGUAAGAUCCCCUUUUGCAAUGCAAGUUGACGACUAUCAUAUACCAAAAGUAAUUGCCGAGGACGGUAUUCUAAUUCGCUCUUUUCCAUCCAAACGACAUUUGUUGUACAACAAAUUCUCUACUUUAGUGCCAGAAUAUGUCCAUCGUAGUGCAAACCAAACUGAUCCAUCAGAAAGAAGUAGAAGAGGUGUUCACAAGAGUGCAAGUUGUUUUGGUUUUACGAGAUUUAUAGAUUUGUCGCCGACUGAGUUGUACAGAGUUAUGGUAUGCGGUUGGUUGUGUGCAAUGCAACAUAUAGAGAAAUUACUCGAAAAAUACGAGAAGCUACGUCACAGGCAGUAUUGGUGGGAUAUGAAACAAAUUCUAGAAUCCCCAAGGUCUCGAGUUAAAGGCAGUUAUGCUCGAAAAUAUUAUGACAAAGUAAAUUGCAAAAAUAUGCUCUUGGUAUGCCCAAAUGGAGACACGCUCAAGAGGAGGAAACAUGACAACUUAUUGUGGAAAGACCUUUUAUUCACUGACCCUUUGUGGACGGAAGGUGGACCUUUCUACUCACAUACUGAUCAUACACUCCACUAUAUGCCAGAGACAGUGGAGCACAGGGCCAUGCGAAUGCGACAUAUGAGGGAGGGUUCUGCUCAGUUGGAGCUGUUAACUGAAAUCAAGACAGAAGAAGGUGUAGUGACGCCUGUGCCAUCCAUAGAAGCGGAAGAGAUACCUCACGUAGAACGCCCACCUAUUACGUUCAAUUGCAUGGCCACAUCCGUGCCCGCUUUCUUAUACACCGCUCAGCACAAGGUGUGCUCGCCGUCGAGGCAACCGUUCGCUGUGUCGCGAAACUUCGCCUAUCACGUGAUUCGGCAUCAACACGGUGAAUGUCGAGAGGGGUCAGAAAUGUUGACGAGACUUGUCGCCGCUGCUAGACCACCUUUCGGUUGGGCCUCUGUCCAAGUGCCAGACAAAAACCAGUUGGUGAGCGAUGCCGGAAAACUUACUGUUUUGGAUUCGCUAUUGAAGAGACUGAAAGAGCGCGGACAUAGAGUACUUAUUUACAGCCAGAUGACUAAGAUGAUCGAUUUGCUAGAGGAAUACAUGUGGCAUCGAAAACACAAAUAUAUGAGAUUAGAUGGUUCGAGCAAGAUUUCAGCACGACGUGACAUGGUGGCGGAUUUCCAGGCCCGUGCCGACAUAUUUGUGUUCCUGUUGUCAACUCGAGCUGGUGGUUUGGGCAUCAAUCUUACUGCCGCCGACACUGUGAUAUUCUACGACUCUGACUGGAAUCCAACAGUGGACCAGCAAGCGAUGGAUCGCGCACACAGAUUAGGUCAGACCAAACAAGUGACUGUUUACCGGCUCAUCUGCAAGGGCACCAUCGAAGAACGGAUUAUGCAGCGAGCUAGGGAGAAGAGUGAGAUCCAAAGGAUGGUGAUCAGUGGCGGCAACUUCAAGCCGGACACAUUGAAACCGAAAGAAGUAGUAUCAUUACUCCUUGAUGACGAAGAAAUUGAACAAAAAUAUCGCCAGAAAUCUGAAGAGAAGAAGAAAAUGGAAGAAAUGGAGCGAAAACGAAAACUAGGUUUACUCCCACAACAGCAGCCGCCAGCAGCCGCCUCGCCGACGCCUGCGCCUGUCGAGAUUAAGCGCGCGCGAGAAUCGCUGUCGGAGCCGGGCAGCCCGCUCGAUGUCGAUGAUUGUGAAGGAGAGCUCGUCGUUGAUGCCUCACCGCGUCCUGCUAGUCCUGUUUCAUACUCGCCGCCGGUGCGUACUGCAUCGUCAUGGGGCAUGUCACGCGCAGCGCGUUCGUCGCGGGGCUCGCGGCGCGGUCGGCCGCGCGGAUCGCGACAUGCAUUCAUGCGGCGGCCCGAGCCUAAGCCCGCCGACAACGCCGUCGCCGUCGCUGCAGGUGCAGCUCUCUUAGAAUCUGAUGCGCCACUGGAGUCUAUGGAUCCAUUGCCUGGCGGCGCCGCGGAAGGGCGUGGACGACGCGGGCCUGGGCGACCUCGGUUGCGCGCUGCUGUACCACGCGGGCCUACACGCCGGCCCCGCCGACCCCGAGAACCUUUACUGGUACCUCUUGCGCCGCCUCCAUAGGAGGAGCAAUCCUCGCCAUCGAGCGAGGAUUCUUUCACCAAAUUCCUACAUGAGAUUGAAAACGUAGAUGAUGACUACGAUUUCUUCAACUUACUGGACAGCCCACCUACAUGCAAUUAGAUGCAGAAUUUGUGUUUCUAACAUUCACAAAAACAAAUACUAAAUGAAUAUGUGUAACACCCACAAAAUCAUGACUGAACUAAUAUGUGUAACACGAUAAAAACAAUUACUAAAUGAAUAUGAUACUAGUAUAACGCUUUACUUACAUACAUAUUAUAUAAAAUUCGAAUCAUUAUUUGUACACGUAUAAAUAUAUUAUAUACAUAUAAUAUGUGUGCAUGUACAAAUUAAUGAUUUGAAUUUUAGCAAAUUAGUAGCUGUGUUGACUAUCACUGUUGUAAUUUACAGUAGUAACACUAGUUUCAAUGUUCUGCCUAUUUUACCAUUGUAAAGUAUAUAUUUUCUACACUAGCAAAAAUGUACUGUAAUGUAUAUAAUGUUAUAGAGUCCGAACGAAAGAUUUAUUUAUUAGUAAAUAAUAUUUAAUGUUGCAGUAUUACCGUUGUUUGUAAUAAAUGUAUAAAGAUUAUAGUUUUGUGUUUUUAAGGCC